CCCCGGUUCCAUCCUUUUUAUAUCGGGACAACUACAAAUAGGUAGAUUUCCAAGUUGUUGAUCUUCCCGGUCUCCCGAGGUCGUCAGUAUGUCUUCAUCAGGUACGACUAGCACGGCCCUGGCGAAUGGAACGGGCGACACUGCUCCCAGCUCCAAUGCCACGACUGCAUCAUCAUCUUCUACAUCGCAAACGAUGAACAUCCUCGUCCAUUGGGAUUUCUUGGUCCUUACCGCACAGAUCACCCUGAGUGCGAUGGCCAUCAUCUGGCUUGGAGCGAAUAGCUCCCUACGGCGGCCGCCCUCCGCCGCUCCCACCAAGCGCAAGGGCAAGAAGCGAGUCGAGGAGGACCGGUUCACAGAGGGCUUCGUUGCCUCCGACGCCAUCAUGUUCCCGCUCCUGGCAGGCACCGUCCUCAUUGGGCUUUACUACCUCAUCAAGUGGCUGCAAGACUCGGACAUACUCAACCAGCUCUUGCGGGCUUACAUGUCCGUAAUGUCCGUUGCGAGCCUGGGCAAGCUCGCUGCAGACGCAUUGCAUUUCCUGACGACCAUGGCGUUCCCAAGCAUCUGGUCAGAUCGAACCGGACGGCUCUACAGGAUAGAUACCUCGAGCCGGCAGCAGUUCCUGGUGAGCGGAGACGACGUCGCUGACACAUCCGUCGACGACAAGAAGUCCCCGUUCCCUGGCCGGUUGUCUGGCGUGUCGUUCUCGGAGAAGACAAACAACGCUCUCUGGGAAAUUCGACACCUUUUCAAGGAAGAGUGGACGGUUCGCAUGGCAUUGCACGGUAUUGCCAAGGGUCAUGUCAACAUCAAGCUGAACGACCUCCUUGGCUUCCUCUUUGCCAUUAUGACGACUAUGGCGUACUACUUGACGGGCUGGUACUGGCUCUCCAACAUCCUCGGUUCAGCGUUCUGUUACGCCGCCUUCACCAUGAUUUCGCCAACUUCCUUCGCCAUCGGCACCAUGGUAUUGGCGGGACUCUUCAUUUAUGAUAUCGUCAUGGUUUUCUACACACCUUACAUGGUCACAGUGGCCACAAAGCUUGAUGUCCCCAUCAAACUCAUUUUCCAAGGCCCCUCGCGAUCGAGCAUACUUGGUCUCGGAGAUAUUGUCGUCCCCGGCAUCUUCAUAGGGCUUGCAUUGAGAUUCGACCUGUGGAGACAUUACACGGAACAAAUCAAACGCAUCCCGACGGAGUUGAAAUCAGAGUUUACCGGCGAGACGCCAGAAAAAGUGGUGACGACGACGGAAACUCAAUACCGGUCUGUCAAGGCACCGUAUGUCGAUCCUCGGGGGCGCUGGGGCGAUCGUAUAUGGACCGCGACGAAUUUGACGAGUAUCUUCUCCACGCCAACGGCCACGCCGACUCUCGCUGCUACCGCAUUUUCUAAGCCAUAUUUCUACGCAUCGAUGGCUGGUUAUGCCGUCGGAAUGCUGCUUACCUUGACCAUGCUUUUGGUCUUCAACCGAGGUCAACCCGCCUUACUCUACCUCGUUCCCUGCGUGACCGGAGCGGUUUGGAUGACUGGUGCCGUUCGAGGUGACCUGCAUGAUAUGUGGACUUACACUGAGGAUGGAAGUCUGGACACGGAAGAUGUUGUCGUCGAGGUGGAUGGCAAUGGCAACGUGGUCAAGGAGAUCACCGAGAAGGGUGAGAAGGAGGACGAAAAACACGUGAAAGACGGAAACGGCUCGGUCAACGAAUCGGGUAUUGCAGAAAGUUCUACUGCCCGUAGAGCGAGAAACCAAUCAGAGAAAGGGGAGACGCGUGAAUCCCCAGCGGCAACUUCGAGGCCCGGUGAGGGCUAUGAUGUGUUUCUAUUUUCCAUUACCGCUCCGCCCGCGGCGUCUGUCGAGGAUGACUAGCUGUUUGCAAACCAAGGGCUGAGUGAGGUUCCGGGCACUUGCGUCGCAGUCUAGCGGUUUUGCAUGUUUUCCAUGGGAGGGUAUGGUCGGCGUUGGGCAGGAAGGGGGGAACGACAUAGACACUAGCCGGCAUUGAUAUCUGAUAGGUACCUACUUGAGCGAGUAAUUCCUGCUGGGGCGAGCAGGUAUGUGUGCCAUUCAUUCGAGAUACCGCAAUGCAUAUUCCGGACCGAAACCCUAUUUGAGUCUGCGCUUCGUUUUAACUCUGUCCAUAUCGAACGUUAACGACUUCCACUGCUAGAGACAGCUGCACCUUCCGUUGGAUGAGAAAAUGGGUCUUGAAUUCGUUAUAUAGCAACUAGCCCCUCAGAACGGGUUUGGACGCGCCAUAUCCUAGGAACUUCCCCCUUAUCUACCUUCUUAGUCAAACA